UAAUAGUUAGCAUUAAGAUGUAGUAAUGUUUCUUUAACACAUUACGGAAGGCUAUUUUUCCUGGAAACUUCUAUCUUUGGGAAGUAUGACGAAUUUUUACCUUAGUUCUGUGAUUACCAUAUUACUUAGUUAUGAUGUCGUCAAUUCGGAAUUCAAGUCAUUACCUGAUUACCUACACGUAUGCCGGCGAUCUCAAAUUAACAUAAGUAAUUGCAUUAUCGAUUCGGCUUAUUUCUUGAAAAAUAAAAUAGCUGAAGGGAUUCCUGAGUUUGAUUUGGCGCCACUGGAUCCUAUGGUUAUAGACCUACUUAUACCAUCAGGUGGACGUGACAUUAAAAUAGAAACUACUAACCUUCGUGUAACAGGAGCUAGUAAUUUUACAGUACCAUAUCUCGAAGCCGACAUAAAAAGACAGAAAUAUGAGUUUCAAGUUAAAUUUCCUCACAUGCAUAUAUUAGGAAACUAUAAUUUGGAUGGAAAAAUCGUUCGAAUGGCCAUAAAGGGACAAGGCGACUUUGAUUUGGAUAUUGAUGGUGUAAGAAGUAAUGUAUCUAUGCUAGGAAAAAUUACAAACAUUGAUGGACUUAAUUAUAUACGAUUUGAUAAUGUAACUGUUAAGAUAGGAAUAGACAGAGGAAGAAUAGAGCUAAGAAAUUUAUUUGGUGGAGACAAAAAUUUAGGAGAAAUUAUUAAUACGGCCAUUAACUCCAACUUCAUUAUGUUUUUCACGGAACUGAGACCGAUAAUUCAGAAAGUAGUUGAAAAGUUAGUGAUGGAAACUGUCGAUAAACUAACUAAGCUCUUCACUUAUGAACAGCUUUUCCCAGACUAAUAGUAAUUGAAAAUCAACUUAUUUCAAUAGUCUCGAGUUUUCGUGCCACAAUUUUGAAUGUUAUAAUUACAAUUAAUGUUACAUUCUUAAGUCGAACCAUAAUAGUUUUGAUUUUGUAAAAAUAAAAAAAUACAAUUUGGUA